AUCAAACAGACUCAUGAGCAGCUGUACGAUUUCAUGCGGAAGAGAGACCUCGGUUUCGAUGUUGAGAAAGAGUUCAACUCUCCCGGCCUGUUCAUGGGCUCUGUCGUAACGCUGCAGGAUGUAGCCAAGGUCCUGGAUAUCCCAGGGGUGCAAGCGAUUCGUCCGGUCAUCUUGAUACCUGGGCCUAAACCUGUCGCAAAGCACAUUGUGACGGGCCUAGAUGAUCCCCAAGUCCCCCCUGAUUCUGAGUCGACUCACAUCCUCACGGGAGUCGAUAAGCUUCACGCUCAAGGCAUCUUCGGAGAUGGCAUCAAGAUUGGAAUUAUCGACACAGGUAUCGAUUUCACGAACCCAUUCCUCGGAGGCGCGUUUGGCCCUGGGAACAAGGUUAUCGGUGGCUUCGACUUCGUCGGAGAUGACUUCAGGGCCAACACUCCUCAGCCCGACCCCAUUCCGCUCGAUCAAUGCAACGGUCACGGCACGCACGUCGCUGGCAUCAUCGGAGCCAAUCCCGGAAACCCGUUCAACAUUAGCGGAGUCGCCUUCAAGGCCUCGAUCAACGCAUACAGGAUCUUCGGCUGCACCGGCCAGGUCGGUGAUGACAUCAUCAUCGAAGCGCUCCUCAGGGGUGUCAGCGAUGGCAAUGACAUUCUGACCAUGUCGCUCGGCGGCGCUGACGGCUGGACUGAGAGCUCCAGUGCUGUCGUGUCGAGCCGCAUCGCCGCUACUGGCAAGAUUAUCACUAUCGCAGCAGGCAAUGACGGCAGCAAGGGCUCGUGGUACACGUCAAGCCCCGGAAACGCCAUCAACGCGAUCUCGGUGGCUAGUCUAGACAAUACGGUUAUCCCCUUGCAGAACGCGACUGUGCACGGUGUUGCGCACGACCCGAUCACCUACUUCGCGACAUUCCCUCUGCCUAUCAACGGAACCCUGCCUGUUUUUGCUACUAGCAACGACACUACGGUAGUAGACGACGCCUGCAACGCUCUUCCCGAUAGCACGCCUGACCUUUCCGGCUCUGUUGUGGUCGUCCGCCGUGGCACUUGCACUUUCGUCCAGAAGCUUACGAACAUCGCAGCCAAAGGUGGCCAGGUCGUACUCAUCUACGACAAUGGGAGUGGCUUCGAUGCGAUCGACACCGGAAACUUCACCACUGCAACCCUGAUCCAAGCGGCAGAUGGCGCGUUCCUCGUCAAUGAGUUCGCCUCAGGCGUCCCCGUCAGCAUCUCGUUCCCUCAAUCUGGAGGAAGCUUUGACUUCCCCGACUCCGCCGGUGGCCUCAUCUCCAGCUUCACGAGUUUCGGCCCCUCGAACGACUUCUUCUUCAAGCCCGCGAUUUCCGCGCCUGGCGGGAACAUCCUCUCGACCUUCCCUGUUCCGUUGGGCACGUUUGCCGUGCUCUCUGGCACGUCGAUGGCCACUCCGUUCAUGGCCGGCGUUUCUGCGCUUCUCUUUGGGGUGAAGGGCGCUGCACCCGAGGUCGGCUUGACUGCGCGCACACUAUUCGAGACGACGGCGCAGAGGGUCCCAUCGAGCCACACGGAUGGGGACCCGCUGCAGACGGUCACUCAACAGGGCGCGGGCCUGGUGGACGCAUUCAAGGCGAUCCACGCUGAUGUUAUCGUCUCGCCCGCGGAGCUGAUCACCAACGACACCGCUCACUUCCAGCCUCUGCAAAAGUUCAGCGUGAAGAACAUUGGCACGACCGCCAAGAGCUUCAAAGUCAGCCACAUUCCUGCUGGCACUGCUCUCACCUUCCAGCCUGGCACUAUCUUCCCUGCGGAUGGGCCGGUUCCGCUCUCUUCCAAGGCUGCUACUGUCAAGUUUAGCGAAACGUCAUUCACCGUCCACCCCGGCCAGACGCAGCAGAUCACAGCGCACAUCACGCCGCCGACUGGACUCGACCCCACCACCUUCCCUGUCUUCUCCGGGUUCAUCGAGAUCGCAAACGCACAGGAGAGCUACCAGGUAUCUUACCUCGGACUCGCCGGAUCGCUCAAGGACGUACAGGUCGUCGACGACACCGACGUCUUCUUCGGCGUCAAUCUGCCUGUGCUCACCGACGCCGCGGGCAAUUUCAUCACGAAUGCAACGAACUUCACGUUCGUCGGGGACGACGCGCCCGGAAUACUCAUGCGCCUCGCAUUCGGCUCGCCGAAGGUCCUCUUCGACCUCGUCGACCCGAACAUCAAGAUCACGACAACGCUGAACAAGCGCGCGGAGGACGCGAGCUCGGGUACAUUCGCGCAGGUGCGCACGCUCGGCUCGCUCUUCGAGGCCGACUUCCAGCCGCGGAACUCGGACGUGGAUGACGGCACAGGAUUCAACCAGCUGACGAUCCCGUCGCCGCAAUUCGCGAACGGCACGACGAUUCCCAACGGGACGUACCGUAUCCUGUUGCGUGCGCUGAAGGUGACUGGGGACCCGACGAAGGAGGAGGAUUUCGAGAGCUGGCUGAGCCCGAUUCUGGGCUUCGAGGCACCGUCUUAAACGGUCGACGUCAAUAGUCCUAAGGAAUGUAUUGCAAUGACAGUGUACAUAUGGGGAGGCGGAGCGGAUGUGUAUGUAAUACAAAACUCUUGCAACUUCCAGAGAUCGGAAGACGCGACAGUAUUAUACUGCUACGCCUGCGUGCCGACUCACGCAUAGGCAGACGACGCUGGCCAGAAAAACGCGGCCAUGCCUGACACCGCACACACCACCGCACACACCACCACACACACCGUCGCGAACACGCUGCUGCUCAGCGCGAAGCGGGCCCACGUCGCGCACAAGACACCCGCCAGCGCGAGCACGAACCCCGCCGCAGCGAGCCACAUGGAGAGCGAGUGGCAGUGGUCGAGCAGAUGCGUCGGCG